AUGCGGUGCGGGGUGGCGUGCGCGCUGUUGUGCGCGCUAACGCUGCUGGCGGCGUGCUCGUCAGUCGACGCGCGCACCCGGCGCGCCGGCCGGCACGGGGCGCAAGCACGUGAGCUCGCGCGCUCGGGGGUGCCACUGGCGGAUAGGCCGCAGGCUCAGCAGGCUUCAAACGGUGAUGAUUACGAUUAUGUUUAUGAUCCGGAUCUCUACACUGAUGAAGACGAAAAUGAGGAGGAUGAAAACGGGAAUGCAAGCCCAAGGUAUCCCGAACCAGCCCCCAAUGAAGUGACAGAAAUUUUCCGUCAGCCUGACGAUGAAAUUCCUCCACAGACUGAACCACCAACCCGUCCUCCACAGCGACCUCAACCAGGUUCAAUUAUAAGUCCUUAUUCCUGUUCCUGGAAUGGAAAAUGGUAUUACGAAGGUGAACGUUUUAAACCAUCGGAAUGCACAGAGUGUUCGUGCAGUCAAUCAACAGUCUCUUGUCGGCACAUUGAAAACUGUAGACCUCGGGGUCGAGAAGAGCCACGUAGACCGACGCCAGCGCCGACCACGCCUCCACCGCCACCUCCCACAACUGCCGUACCUCCGACACCAGCCGCGACAACUCCAACACCGGCUACUGCUGCACCUGAACCAGGCUAUGACGCUUUGCCGAUUGGAGGUGAAGGUAAUGCAUCGCCUGGACCUCGCGGCGAUUCAGGUUACCCUGGCGAACGGGGACGACCUGGUGAUAACGGAGCGCCUGGCUCACCCGGAAGCCCCGGAAUACCUGGAAUGCCAGGACCUCCUGGACCUGCACCAGAUGUUUCUUUAUAUUACCAACAACUAGCCAUGUCACAAGCUGGAGCUGACAAAGGUCCUACAGGUUCGGCUUAUGCACCAGAUCAGUUUCAAUAUCUUCAGGCUCAAGUUGGACCAGUUGGUCCACGCGGUAGCCCCGGCCCGCCAGGUCCAGCCGGACCUCAAGGCUUCCAAGGUGCUCGAGGUGAGACAGGUGAACCAGGACCGCCGGGACCGCAAGGAACUGCUGGUCCAAGGGGCUUACCCGGUUUACCAGGAAAAGAUGGUGAAAGCGGUGAAGAUGGUGAGGCUGGUCAACCCGGUGCUAUUGGACCCGCAGGACCUCGUGGUUUACCAGGAAUGCCGGGAUUACCAGGAAUGAAAGGACAUCGCGGAUUUCCAGGUUUAGACGGCAGUAAAGGCGAGCAAGGAAAUUCUGGUGAAAAAGGAUCUGCUGGCAGUCCGGGACCCAUUGGUCCUGUCGGAUCUGUGGGCCCUGCAGGCCCAAGGGGCGAACGAGGCAGAGAAGGUCCACCAGGGCCACCUGGACUUCGAGGAAUAGAUGGAACAGCUGGUGCACCGGGUCAACCAGGAAGUAUUGGUAAACCAGGAUCUCCAGGUUUUCCUGGCAGCCCCGGUCAUAAAGGUGAUCAAGGUAGUCAAGGACCUAAAGGUAGCCAAGGAUUACAAGGACCAAGAGGAGAAUCUGGUCGACCUGGACAGCCAGGCGAAGUUGGACCUCAAGGACCUCAGGGUAAGGAUGGCACUCCAGGAGAAAAAGGAGGACCUGGCGCGCCUGGAUUAAGUGGACCACCAGGAUUUCCUGGAGCUAGAGGUCCACCUGGUGUAUCUGGAAGUCCGGGUGAACCAGGAGCUAAAGGAAUACCGGGUCUGGCAGGUGAGCGCGGCUUUAAAGGAGAAACUGGAAAUAAGGGCGAUGCAGGUGCACCAGGACCACGAGGUGUUCCAGGAGCACCAGGAGCUGAAGGAAAACGAGGCAAACGAGGUAUGCGUGGACCAACAGGGCCUUCUGGACCUGCUGGAGAACGAGGACCUGCAGGAGGCAGAGGUUUACCCGGUCCUGACGGAGCACCAGGAGUUAAAGGACAAACUGGAGAUCGAGGACCAGUUGGACCUCAAGGAAUUAAAGGUAGUACUGGUGAUCCAGGAAGACCUGGAGGCCCAGGUUUACAGGGUUUACGCGGUCUUGUGGGUAGACCUGGCGCUACAGGCAAGCCUGGUAAUCCUGGUGAACGUGGCAUUCAAGGCGCAGAUGGUAAACCGGGCGAGCAAGGUCCACAGGGUCUUCAAGGACUUCCUGGCCCGAUGGGACAGCAAGGAGAAAAAGGAUUUCCGGGAGAACCAGGAAAAGAUGGUGAUCCAGGACCACCUGGAAAUGCUGGACCAAGAGGAGAUGUUGGCAAAGACGGACCACAAGGACCACCUGGUCCUCCAGGACCUUCUGGCAGUGAUGGCGAAAGAGGAUUACCAGGUGCAGCAGGACCAAGAGGUUUCCAAGGUCUACCGGGAGCAGCAGGAAAUCCAGGAGUACCCGGUAAGGACGGUGAAGCCGGAGCGCAUGGACCACCUGGACAGCCAGGUCCAGCAGGAAAUCGCGGAGAAAGAGGAUUCCCCGGUGAAAGAGGACCUAUUGGUCAACCAGGUGCUACUGGUUCUCGUGGAGAACCAGGAGCUCAAGGAGGAGACGGUCCAGCGGGAGCACCGGGAGCUAAAGGAGAUAAAGGACAUAUGGGCCCUUCAGGUUUGGUUGGUCUUCCUGGCAUGCGUGGUCAACCUGGACUUCCAGGAGAAAAGGGCGAGAGAGGUUCACUUGGAGCUACUGGUCCAGAAGGCCCAGCAGGUCGAGCCGGAGAACGAGGACCGCAAGGUCCAAUAGGACCCGCAGGACCCCCUGGUGAACCAGCUGAACGCGGUGAUCCUGGUCCACAAGGCCCACCUGGAGAAGCAGGAGCACCUGGCGGACCUGGUGAACGCGGUCCAGUUGGUGCGCAAGGUUUGCAAGGUUUCCCAGGACCACAAGGUUUAUCAGGAUUACCUGGUCAGAAAGGAGAACGUGGUUUAUCUGGAUUAAAGGGCGAUCAAGGCAGUCCAGGAUCACCAGGAUCUCCUGGAGAACAAGGACCUCAGGGAUUGACAGGGUUAACAGGAGCUAAAGGUGCACGAGGAGAAACUGGAGCGAGAGGUGAACCGGGUCUAAUGGGAGCACCAGGUCGACCUGGAGAACCUGGAUUAGCUGGACAACCUGGAAGUGUUGGCCCUCCGGGCCCAGCUGGCAUACAUGGAAUGAAGGGUGCUACUGGUGAUACGGGUCGCCCUGGUAAUCCAGGACAUCAAGGUCCACCAGGUCCACCUGGACAAGAAGGAUCCAAAGGAGAUACAGGAAGUGAAGGUCAAACUGGUCCCAUGGGACCAGCAGGGCCUCAAGGAGCACCUGGUGAUAGAGGUCUUCCUGGACUACCGGGACCACAAGGACCAGCUGGUGCACGAGGAGUUAGAGGAGCAUCGGGUGAAGUUGGACCAGCUGGUAAACCAGGAGGUGAAGGACCUCCUGGACCGGCUGGCGUUGCUGGACCACCUGGAUCCCCAGGACCGAUGGGAGAACAAGGACCCGAAGGACCUUCUGGCAAAUCAGGACCACCUGGUAUAUCUGGCAGACCCGGAGACAAAGGUCCUGUAGGACCUUCAGGAAAUCCUGGCAGCCCAGGAACUCCUGGAUUACCGGGACCACCUGGACCCAGUGGACCUACUGGAGCACCUGGCGAGAGAGGUCAACGUGGUGAAGCUGGACCUCAAGGAGUAGAAGGACAGGCAGGUCCUAGAGGAAAAGUUGGACCGGCAGGCAGUGAAGGUGCUAAGGGUGAAAGGGGUGAAGCUGGUGCUCAAGGUGCUAAAGGACACAGAGGUCUUAUUGGUUUACAAGGUUUACCAGGUCAUGCUGGACCUCCGGGUGAAAAGGGUAUACCUGGAGCGCCUGGCAUUCCUGGAAAAGAUGGUGAACCAGGAAGCAGAGGACCACCUGGACGAGAUGGCAACAUGGGAAUACAAGGUUUGAUGGGACCACCAGGUCCUAGAGGUCCUCCUGGAGAGGAAGGAAGGCACGGUUCAUCUGGUCAACCUGGUCCUCCAGGACCACCUGGUCCACCAGGAGAACCAUUGGGCUAUGAUGCGGCAGCUCUUGCAGCAUUGCUUGGCCAAGGUCAAUUCAACAAUCAAAAGGGACCUGAUCCGUUAGGUGAUGAGCCUGCCAGACUAUUCAGUAAGGACAUUACUGAAGAAGAACGUAAAGCAUUGGUUCUCAAGGCCUAUGAACAAUUGAAAGCUUCAUUCGAGAAAUUCCGUAAACCAAAUGGAGAAAAAACAUCACCAGGAAAAACUUGCCGAGAUAUUGCAGUCGCACAUCCUGAACUACCAAGCGGUGAAUAUUGGAUUGAUCCUAAUGAGGGCGAUACAAGAGAUGCUAUAUUAGUACAUUGUGAUAUGCCUAAUAGAGCUACUUGUCUACUACCGCGUCCAGAGAAAUCUCCAGAAAUCAAUUAUAUUGGUGAAGAACAAGAAAUCUGGCUGGGAGAAAUACAAAACGGAAUGAAACUAACAUACAAAGCAGAUAGCAAUCAAAUCGCAUUCCUACAACUGCUCUCUGCAAAGGCAUCGCAGACAUUAACAUACCAUUGUAAAAAUUCCAUUGCUUAUUAUGAUAAUGAGAAGCACACGUACCGAAAGGGAUUGAAGCUGCUCGCUUAUAAUGAUGCCGAACUCACACCUCGUGGAAACCAACGCUUCCGAUAUGAUGUUCUGGAAGAUGAAUGCAAGUACAAGAAAAACACUUGGGCCAAGACUGUUCUCUCGUAUACCACCGAAAAGGCAACGCGUUUGCCCAUUCUUGAUAUCGCUGUUCGUGAUACUGGUGCACCAGGACAAGUAUUCUGGGUUGAAGUAGGUGCCGCCUGCUUCUCAUAG